GCGGGGAGGCGCCUUCGCCGUAACGGCUGAGGCGGCAUCGGGAUGUCGGUUUUCCGCUCUUGAUACCCAAAGGAGCCCCAUUUUGCUUUUCUUGAGGAUUUCUCAAGCCUCAAAAUCCUUGCCUUUCCGUUUUGAUUUCACGACCCGCAAAGCAUCCUCCUCCCAGAGGAAUUAGUUUAUUUCCUGGCUUACCGUGUCACCGAGGGCUUUUAACUCUUGCCGUUGAAAAGUUAGGGAAAAUGUAGACCUUAUGAAACACCACACUUCUGUGGAAGACAGCCCCGUACCGGACCUUAGUGCCUCACCGCCCAGGGAAGGUCUCUGUGCCGUGUGGACCUGCUUGUGAAUAACCUUAUUGAGAAUUUCAGACAGAGAAGUAGAUGGAGCAGUGAACCAGCGUGUAUGCCUCAGCCAAACUCACGAGCUCACCUAUGACUGAGCUCGUCUCAUCCCACUCAUGCCACCCCCAUAUCUCUGGGAUAAAUCCUUGAUGUCAAAAGUAGCUUAAGAGUCAGAAUAAAAAUCUUACUUUAUGACUGCAUUGGGACUGAGCCUACCAUUACAAGGCCUUCAACUCAGAAACACACAAUUGCAUUGAAGAAGGAUCGGAAAAGACAUCUAAAAUAAUUAAGCGACUGGAGGACAGGUUAAAACAAAAGGAUGGACUUUUCUUCUGUGAGUUUGUGACCUAAAUACAGUAAUUGUCAUGCACAUCUAGCUUAUGGAAAUGCAGCUCCAGUGAACAGCAUCUGGGUAUCUUGCUUCGGCAGCAUGUAAGCAGCUUCUUGCCAAGAACCCAGGUCACCGCUGAGAAGAGGGCCUGAGGGAAGAGCAUCCAGAGGAGCCCAAUGCCAGGCGCGCCUGGGAUUACACUCCCCGCGGGCAGCAUGAGCCGUUCUCUGCCAGUGCCUCUGUGCCCCUGGCAAGGCCUGUAGCUCUCCAGGGAGGAGGGUCCCAGGAGCGGCGCGCCAGGAGCCCCCAGAGGAAGGAUGGGGCCAGAUGUGAACGCAAUUUUCAGCUUAUGAAGGAGUUUUAAGGAAAACAAUUAUUUAAUUUCCACUUAUUCACGUUCACAAGACUUCUGUGGGAAGUGCCAGCAAGUCACACCGCCCCCCACCCCCCGCUGGAGUUAUCAGGCUUUUUCUGGCAGCACGUUGAACUCUUCUUGGUACUUCUGGCAAUGACAGACCUUCAGGACAGAUUUAUCUGCUAAAUGCUCUUGGGCAGGAGAUAAAGGGACACUUCUGGAAGCAGUGCCAGCGGAGCAGAGCCCAGAGCGUGUCCGGGCCGCUCACUGGCCAGGCCACCCCGCCUGGCCUGAAGACUGAGCCUGCCCCGUCUGCCUGCAGCCCGUCUCCUCCAGGGAGGCCCUCAGGGCCCCCUUCUCUCAUCCUCUGCCCAGUCUCCAUUCCGGCCGUCGAGGGAUGCGAACUUGGGAAUGGAGUUGGCGCCCCUCCCCAGGCCGGUGCUGACGGAGAGGACCAUCUGAGGCCAGCUUUGUUCGCGGGGAGGAGGGCGCUGGCCUGGUCUGCAUCCCCCACCAUGUUCCUGCUGCUGCCUUUCGACAGCCUGAUUGUCAACCUCCUGGGCAUCUCCCUGACGGUCCUCUUCACCCUCCUCCUGGUUUUCAUCAUCGUCCCUGCUGUUUUCGGAGUCUCCUUUGGUAUCCGAAAGCUCUACAUGAAAACUCUGUUAAAGAUCUUUGCGUGGGCUACCUUGAGGAUGGAGCGAGGCGCCAAGGAGAAGAACCACCAGCUCUACAAGCCCUACACCAACGGAAUCAUUGCAAAAGACCCCACAUCACUGGAGGAAGAGAUCAAAGAAAUCCGCCGGAGCGGGAGCAGUAAGGCCCUGGACAACACUCCCGAGUUUGAGCUCUCGGACAUUUUCUACUUCUGCCGGAAAGGAAUGGAGACCAUCAUGGACGAUGAGGUGACCAAGAGGUUCUCGGCAGAGGAGCUGGAGUCCUGGAACCUGCUGAGCAGGACCAAUUACAACUUCCAGUACAUCAGCCUGCGGCUCACUGUGCUGUGGGGCUUGGGCGUGCUCAUCCGCUACUGCUUCCUGCUGCCGCUCAGGGUAGCUCUCGCCUUCACGGGGAUCAGCCUCCUGGUGGUGGGCACAACGAUGGUGGGGUACCUGCCAAAUGGGAGGUUCAAGGAGUUCCUGAGCAAGCACGUUCACCUCAUGUGCUACCGGAUCUGCGUGCGUGCGCUGACGGCCAUCAUCACCUACCACGACAGGAAGAACCGGCCUAGAAACGGGGGCAUCUGCGUGGCCAACCACACGUCUCCCAUUGACGUCAUCAUCCUGGCCAGCGAUGGCUAUUACGCCAUGGUGGGACAGGUGCAUGGCGGCCUCAUGGGGGUCAUCCAGAGAGCCAUGGUCAAGGCCUGCCCCCACGUCUGGUUCGAGCGCUCCGAGGUGAAGGACCGCCACCUGGUGGCCAGAAGGCUGACCGAGCAUGUGCAGGAUAAAAGCAAGUUGCCCAUCCUCAUCUUUCCAGAGGGAACCUGCAUCAAUAACACAUCAGUGAUGAUGUUCAAAAAGGGAAGUUUUGAAAUUGGAGCCACAGUUUACCCCGUUGCUAUCAAGUACGACCCGCAGUUUGGGGACGCCUUCUGGAACAGCAGCAAGUACGGGAUGGUGACCUACCUGCUCAGGAUGAUGACCAGCUGGGCCAUUGUCUGCAGCGUGUGGUACCUGCCCCCGAUGACCAGACAGGCGGAGGAGGACGCGGUCCAGUUUGCCAACAGGGUGAAGUCCGCCAUCGCCAGGCAGGGCGGCCUGGUGGACCUGCUGUGGGACGGCGGCCUGAAGCGGGAGAAGGUGAAAGCCACGUUCAAGGAGGAGCAGCAGAAGCUGUACAGCAAGAUGAUCGUCGGCACCCAGGAGGACCGCAGCCGCUCCUGAGCCCGCCACCCAGCCGCCCCGGGCCCCUGCCCGCCGAGUCCGCCGGAGCAAGGCCACUGAUGUCCCUCCCCACCGAGCCAGAGCGGCCUGAGUGCUGG